ACAAGCAGAUCCUCCCCACCCAAAAAUAUAAAAAGUUACUGUAUUCACCACAAACUGAUCAUCCUCCUCUCCUCUCUCACACGGAAACCCUUGUUGGGAUUAUUGACCAUUCUUAUCUAUUUUCUCUCUUUUGGUAGAUUCGUUUUUUGUUCUGUUUUGCCCCCCCACCCCACCAUUUCGUUUUCGCUCAGCUGCAAGAGGGAGGGAGAGAGAAUCCUAUGCUGGGGGACGCACCGAGCGCGCCGGGAGCGUCCGGCGACGUGGCGGCAGCUGCGGCUGCAGUUACUGCGGCGGGUGAGGUUGGCGGGUUCGCACCAAAUUCGGGCGAGGAAGAGGGAGGAAGGAGGAGGGAGGAGAGCGGCGGGAAUAGGUGGCCGAGGCAGGAGACGCUGGCUCUCUUGAGUAUAAGGUCGGACAUGGACGUGACCUUUCGGGACUCGAGUGCAAAGGGUCCGCUCUGGGAAGAGAUCUCCAGGAAGCUGAGCGAGCUUGGGUAUCAUCGAAGUGCCAAGAAAUGCAAGGAGAAAUUCGAGAACGUGUACAAGUACCACAAGCGCACCAAGGACGGUCGGACCGGAAAGCACGAGGGCAAGACCUACCGCUUCUUUGAUCAAUUGGAGGCCUUCGAGAACCACACCCUCCACUCACCGCAACCACCAAAGCCUCCGGCAACAGCAGUGCAGCCGCCAGCAAUGCAGGCGGCAAUCGGGCCUCAGAGCAUCCCUCACGUGCCCGCAGCCGCCGUUCCAUCAUCCACAACCCACAUGAACAACAACCACCACAACAACAACAUUAAUAUUAUCCCACAUGGUAACUUGGCCGCUUCCUCCACCGUCCUCAACUUCACGAUGCCUUCCUUGCCGCCACCCUCAAACCCUACCGUCAUCGUUCCUCCUCCUCCGCCGAACUCCAGUUUCCCGGGGGCCGCCCUGCCCGGAGAGCCCGCCUCCAAUUCGACCUCGGCGUCGACAUUCUCGGAUGAGGGGCUGCCACGAGGAGGAGGUCCAAACAAGCGGAAGAGAAGGUGGAGGGACUUCUUCGAGAGGGUGAUGAAGGAUGUGAUGGACAAGCAAGAGGAGCUGCACCGCAACUUCCUGGACACGAUCGAGAAGCGCGAGUGCGAAAGGGCUGCCCGGGAAGAGUCAUGGUGGAUGCAGGAGACGGCGAGGAUCACCCGGGAGCGCGAGAUCCUGGCCCAAGAGAGGUUGGCCACCGAAGCCAAGGAUGCGGCGGUCAUGUCGUUCUUGCAGAAGAUAGCGGAACAGCAAAGCCGCAGGUCAUCGCCGCCCCAGAAUAAUAAUAACCCGCUGUCGCAACAGCUGGUGGCAGUGCCAAUCCCAGCUGCACCAAAACCAUCGGCGCCGGCCCUGCCAUCUCAGAUGAGGAGCAUCGAAGUCCCAAAGGCCGACAACGGGGUGCAUUUUGCGACCACCGGAGGUGGUGGGGCGAGCUCUUCUAGGUGGCCGAAGGUGGAGGUCGAGGCACUGAUAAGGUUGAGAACAGAUCUCGAGGCGAAGUACCAAGAGAACGGGCCGAAGGGGCCGCUGUGGGAGCAUAUAUCGACGGCGAUGAGGAGGCUCGGGUACGAGCGGAGCGCGAAGCGGUGCAAGGAGAAGUGGGAGAACAUCAACAAGUACUUCAAGAAGGUGAAGGAAUCCAACAAGAAGCGUCGCGAGGACUCCAAGACGUGCCCGUACUUCCAGCAGCUCGACGAGAUAUACAGAGAGAAGACCAGCAAGAGCGGCGACCACCACGGCUCUUCGACGUUGUUCACGUGCACUACUCAGUUCAGUCCGAUGAUAAGCGCGGCAGCUCCGCUGAUGGUGACCCCAGAACAGCAGUGGCCGCCUCUGCAGCAGCAGCAGCAACAACAGCAAGAGAUGGAUGAGAUGGAGGGGGACCACAUUGGCGAAAACCAUGAAGACGAUGACGAGGACGACGAGGACGACCACAGCAAUAUGGAUCGGGAGGAGGAUGAAGACGGAGACGAUGACGGUCGCGAGUUCGAGAUCGUGGCGAGCAAGCCAUCUUCAAUGGGCGCAACCGAGUGAGACCUGGAUCACUUGCCCGGUCCAGGCAAGGAUUUACGGAGCGCACGCCACAUCGUCUUCGCUGCUUAUGCGGGUCGGGUCAGGUCAGGUCGGGUCGCAAGACUCCGUCGGAUCGAUAAAAUGGGUCGGAUCCCGUCCGGUAUGAGCUAGAUGGAUUCAUGCGGAAGUAGAGAGAAAUGGGGCUUGUAGCAUAUAAAGGUGAGCGUACUUUAUGUUUAUUUCUGAUUUAUUACAAUUUUUUUUGGGGGGGUUGAGAAAUAAAUAUUUCACAUUGGCGAUAGAGAUACAUGUAGAACAGAAUUAAGAUUUUCAUUUCUGGGUGUAAAUGAUGUGGUUAAUAGAGAAUUUGGGUCUGUGUUGCUUUUCUGGCA